CGCGAGAAGUAACGAGCAGUUACGAAUUUGUGUUCGAGGUGGUUUGUUGUCGUCGUGAUCUCUUCGUCGGUGCGCCCGUCGCACUCGUCCCGCUCGCAACGUGAAUAAUUCUGGCAGCCUGCGGGAGGCGAAUGCGCGCGUGCGACCGCGGCAAUUUGGUGGAGUUGGCCGAGACACUCGACAGUAUAAUCGUUGGACGAACGACGUCGAUCGCGACGUCGAGGGGAAUCGACGGCCGCAUCGUGGCCGCUCCGCGUAAAUGGGUGUUCACGCGCGAUUGACGACAAUGACGACAAUGACGACAGGCCAGCUUCGUUUACGCGACGCGUAGUUCGGUACGUUACUAGAAUACUGGCACUGUGACGCGAGAGGUGGUGGAGGAUCAGCGAGAGGGGAGCAGGGGGUGGAGAACGAAGAGGAGAGCUCGACGCAUCCCGAGAGCCAAGAAGGGAAAGACGUGGAGUGGAAUCUCGACGGCGACGACGAGGACGACGACGACGAGGACGAGGACGAGGACGAGGACGAAAACGAGGUCGAGGGAAGAAGAGUGGAACGCGAAGAGAGGGAGAGUGAGAGAGAAAGAGAGCAUUGUCCUCUGCGAGGAGAGUAUCGUGUUGUCCUUGCCACGACACUAACCUCAGUCGGUGCUGCGCGCUCAGUCGCGUCACGAUCGUCGCUCGUCGAUCGACGUCCGUCCAUCCGUCUCGGAUCUGUCAAUUAAGGGAGAGAGAUAGAGAGAGAGAGGCGUUAUCGCCCGUUCGAUCGCACUCGGGAUGCCAUCCCCGCCGUCGGCGUCGCCGUCGUCCUCGUCGUCACCGUCGUCACCGUUGUCGUCGGCGUUACGCUAAAAAUAUGCGGCAGUGAGAAACGCGCGGACGGCGGAGCACCGCCCGUGGCAGAGCGAAGCGGCUGGCUGCUCUCUCGGCUGCGUGUGCCAUCAGGUCCGCUGGUGGUGUGUUGUCGGACGGCGACGCGGCAGAGGGAGAGGGAGGAGGAGGAGGAACGGAAGGAGGAAGAGGAGGCAGGCCACAGGAGGAGACCUCGCUCGUCGGUGACGACCAAGGGGGUGAUCAUCGUACUCGCGCGACAACCCACCGACGAAAGGAGCACCGAGGAAAAUGGCGGACCUCGAGGCGGUGCUGGCCGAUGUCAGCUACCUGAUGGCCAUGGAGAAGAGCAAGUGCACGCCGGCCGCCCGUGCCAGCAAGAAGAUCGUUCUGCCGGAUCCUAGCGUUCGAAGCGUCAUGCACAGAUACCUGGAGAAGAAUAACGAACUAACCUUCGACAAAAUAUUUAAUCAAAUGUUAGGUUACCUUUUAUUCAAAGACUUCUGCGAGACUGUAGCGGAGGAACCGAUUCCGCAACUUAGGUUUUACGAAGAGAUCAAGGCGUACGAGAAGCUCGAGUGUCCGGAAGAAAGGAGAAAACUUGCCCGAGAGAUCUAUGACAAUUACAUUAUGAAAGAGUUAUUAGCGCAUUCUCACGAAUACUCGCAAGAGGCGGUAUCUCACGUGCACAAGUAUCUCAUGAAAAAUGAAGUCCCAGUUAAUUUGUUCGAGCCGUACAUCGAGGAAAUAUUUAAUCAUCUACGAGGGGAACCGUUUCAGAAAUUUCUGGAAAGCGAUAAGUACACCCGUUUUUGCCAAUGGAAAAACUUACAGUUGAAUAUUCAGCUGACGAUGAACGACUUUAGCGUGCAUCGAAUAAUAGGCAGAGGCGGGUUUGGCGAGGUGUAUGGUUGCCGGAAAGCGGACACUGGCAAGAUGUAUGCCAUGAAAUGUCUGGAUAAAAAGCGCAUUAAGAUGAAGCAGGGUGAAACGUUAGCUCUCAACGAGAGGAUAAUGCUAUCGCUAGUCAGCACCGGGGUGGACUGCCCGUUCAUAGUGUGCAUGACGUAUGCAUUUCACACCGCCGACAAGCUGUGCUUCAUAUUGGAUCUGAUGAAUGGUGGCGAUCUGCAUUACCACCUAAACCAACACGGAGUCUUUAACGAACCGGAAGUCAAGUUCUAUGCCGCGGAAAUGAUCCUCGGGUUGGAGCAUAUGCACCGCCGGUACAUCGUCUACCGUGAUCUGAAGCCCGCGAAUAUAUUGCUGGACGAGCACGGUCACGUCAGGAUAUCGGAUCUGGGAUUGGCAUGCGAUUUUUCAAAGAAGAAGCCGCACGCGAGCGUUGGUACACACGGAUACAUGGCGCCAGAGGUACUCUCGAAGAACACCACAUAUGAUUCAAGCGCGGAUUGGUUUUCCUUCGGUUGCGUGCUGUACAAGCUUUUGAUGGGACAUAGUCCAUUCAGGCAACGUAACACCAAGGACAAACACGAGAUAGACCGUAUGACGUUGACGAUGAACGUCGGUAUACCAGAGACGUUCUCGCGGGAGUUGCAGUCGCUGUUGGAAGGUUUGCUACAACGGGACAUUAACAACAGACUCGGCUGUCGCGGCAACGGCGCCGAUGAGUUAAAGGCACACCCGUUUUUCAAAGGUAUCGAUUGGCAGCAGGUGUACUUGCUAAAGUACACGCCGCCGUUAAUACCGCCGCGCGGCGAGGUCAACGCCGCGGACGCCUUCGACAUCGGCUCCUUCGACGAGGAGGACACGAAAGGAAUCAAGCUGACGGAAGCGGAUCAAGAGUUGUACAAAGACUUUUCUCUAGUCAUCUCCGAAAGAUGGCAGGCUGAAGUGGCCGAGACUGUGUUCGAGACAAUCAAUAACGAAGCAGACAAGUUGGAAAAUAAAAAGAAAGCAAAACAAAAGCAGCGAUUUGAUACAGAUGAGAAAGGUUCGGAUUGUAUACUACACGGUUAUAUAAAGAAAUUAGGAGGUCCAUUCGCAAGUGCAUGGCAAACGCGCUACGCGAAAUUGUAUCCGAAUCGGUUAGAAUUACAUCCAGAAUCGGCGACUAAGCCUGAGCUCGUGUUUCUCGAUCAAGUUGAAGAAGUAGGGGCAGAUCUGCAGCUUGUAAAAGGAGAACAGUCCAUCGUGAUGCGUACGAAGGACGCGAAGAUUGUACUUACAAUUGCCGACGAGAUAAGCUUAAAAGAAUGGGCGCUCUCGUUAAGAUCGGCACACAAAUGCUCAAUGGAGAUGCUCGGAAAUAUGGCGAGAAAAGCAGGCAAAAUUUACGGGACUGAGCGGGACGCAGUGAUCCCAGCGACGCAGCGAUCCACGAACGGCAACUAGCCCAGUGUCGUCAUGUGCGAUGUCGCACCGUCAUACUCCAGUCCCACUGCCCCGCAGCAGCGACAGCAGCAACAACUUUUUUUAUACUAACGAAUGAUGGGGAGAGCAGCGAUGAACAAGGAAAGGAAGGACUCGAGAACUGAGCAAUUGAGCGUUUCUCGGAAUGCAGGCAGUGCCUCUUCCUUCCGAAAGCUCGUGCUGGACUUUAACGCUAGCAGCGUUAAAGAAAAAAUGGUUAAAUCCCUCUUUCGGUACACCUCGAUCAAACGGAACGUCCCAAAGAAAAUUUCGUUAUACGGCGGAUAGCGCUGCGCUGUGUAUUAUAGAGACUCUAGCCAAGUAGUGUCGUACCGUGUGCGUACGUUCUCCCAGGGCCAUGAGGAUGAUAUACACAUACACAUACAUUUACAUACAUUAUAUAAACACGAAAAAAAUACAUACACGUAAGUAAUCGCGGUUCCUUCUGGUCACUGGCGCGGGCGCGUAGGCAUCUCGUUAUAUUUGUACAUUAGUUGUAUGUGCAACAUGUGACGUAGCGACUAGCGACCGACCGAGCGACGAACAAAAGUUGGCAGAUACCACACAGGAAACACGAAACACAUCCGGUAGUGUAUUAUUAUGACCUAGUACUCUCUACGCGAUCCCGUACUCUUGUUACUUUUUACGCGUUUCGUCGUACCGCUCGUUUACUUAAUUUAUUUACUAAUGCAGAGAGAGAAAGAGACCAGUUUUAUAUUAUCCUUACGAUGAAACAAAAGUGACCCAUUAUUUAUUGUGUUGUUAAGUGCGAGAGAAUGAGAAAAAAAAGAAAGCUCAUUUGUAUAUUAACUAAAGCGAAUACCGAAUGCAUGCAACAUAUGUACGCUCGAGUGGAUAUACGCGAGUCCGCUCUGGCAAUAAAAUAUGCGAUGAACGUAGAUGAGAAGAGCUUUUUUUCGUCCUGCAUCAUAUGUCAGUAGAACGCUAAAAUCCAGUAAGUAUUUGUGAUCUCCAUUACAUUAUGUUUUGAAUAUAAAAUCGUAAUCUUUCCGUAAUCAUUGAAUGAUGUGUGAAAUUAACAAAUGUUCGAUUUAACAGUUGUACGAGAAAAAAAAUUACAUAUCAAUGUCACGAA